CGAUGUUUCAGCAAGAUCUAGUUUAGCCGGCUCGCGUGUUGAGUCGUGUUACGUUUGAUUGUUUCCAAUAUUGGCGCAUUGGCAGUUGCCAUGUUGCGCACGCAUCUGUUGAAGAAUGUGUGCUUACGUUAUGUUGCCUCACUGCGAAGCGGUGGACUUGCAGCUGCGACGACAGCAGCCACAACGCCAGCGACACAUGGGUGCCGGCAGCGUUAUGCAAUGCCAGCAAGCAGGACAACAUUUCCAGCUGGUAGCCUUAGCUACUCAACGGUUGGAGCCGUAGGCGAAUUAAAAGGAUCUGGAGAAAGGACCACACGGAAGAAACGCACUCGCAAAGCGAGCGAAGGCGUCGUGGCAAACGUUGAGGACCUGUGGAUACAGCUGGAGCAGCACUAUCAGCAGCAUGGUAUCCUCCGUCACGAGCACUGUGAACGCCUGCUGCAGCAGCUGGAGGCGAACCAAAAGCAGUCACUUGGCGCCGAUCAGCUGCAUUUUUUGCUUGGCGCCUGUGUGCCGGAAUUGUUGCCCGUGCCGAGCAGUAGCGAACGUUUGGCGCUGUUUCGGCGCCUGUGGGCCCAACUGCUGCGAGUGGAGCAGCCAACGUUAUCGCACUACCACACGCAGCUUCAGAUGCUGCAGCAGAACCAGCUACCGUUGCCUGAUCAUCGCACGCUGCUCGCCGAAAUUGCCAUCUAUAAUGGAGCGCCGGAUGCGGCGCUCUACAGCGCACUGCUGGACGUGGCCGGCGCCACUGGUAACAUGCGUCAGGCCACCGAACUGCUUAAUGAGAUGCGCCAGUGCAAUUUUCCGCUCACCGAAAGCAAUUUCCAUGCAUUGCUGCUGGGUCAUGCACGGAGCGGAGACCUGCCCGGCGCCGAUUCAGUGCUGAGCAGUAUGCGGGCCGCUGGCAUAACGCCCAAUCCCACCACCCAAUCGCUUUGCUUUGUGGCCUACAUCGAAAAUGGUGAGCUGGACAAAGGACGCGAAUUGUUGCGCCAACAUGCCGGCAGUUUCCAUGCACCGCAGCUGCUGCAAAUGCUGCGAGCCGUCUUGAGUAGCCAGGUCCAGGAUGUCCAGCUGAUGCAGCAAUUGGUUAGUGAGCUGCCGGCAGAAUAUGUGCAUGGUGGCGAUGUACCGCCGGCCAUAAACAGUAUAUGCAUCCAGCUGCUGCACCGUGACCAGGCGCAACUGGUCAUACAGCUGAUUGGAAUGCUACCGGCGCCAAGUUACAAUGAGAACCAGAACAUUGAUGGAUAUGCGUCGCUGCUGCUGCUGGAAUUGUUUCGGGCCCGAACACCCCUCCAGCAGAUGCUGCAGUUUGCCACCCAGCUGCGUGAACGUGGCCAAAAUAGACGAGCGCUGGAGCUGCUGACUGAGUUGGCGCUGCGUCGUCAGCCAUCGUUGGCUUUGGCCUGCUUGGAGGCGUUGCGUGAAGCCGGCGAGCCACUGCGUCCCCAUUACUUCUGGCCACUGUUGCUGGAGCAGCACAAGCGCGACGGCGAGAACGGAAUGUUGCGUCUGCUGGCCGAGAUGCAGCGACUGGGCGUUGAAUGCGAUGAGUCAACGCUGUGCGUCUAUGUGCUGCCCAAUCUGUGGCAGACGCUGCAGCAGCCGCUGCAGGCACUGCAAAAACUCGACACGAUUGGCAUACGCGCUUCCCAGUCGCUAAUCUAUGUGCUUGGCCAGCUGCUGCAGCAGCAGCAAAUGCAGGCAGCUCUCGAUCUUCUCGAGCGCUAUCCGACCCGUCUGCAGCUGGUGCAGCUUCUGCAACCCUUGGCCGCGCUCGCCGUUAAUGUGCGUGCCAACAAGCGUUAUGAGAUAUUUGCCAAGCUGACGCAGGCGCUGCAGCAGCGAUCGCUACAACGACAGGAGGAUUUCGUAGGCGCCCUGCUGCUGCAGAUGUGUGCGCCACAGACACGUCUGCGUAUGGAGCCGGCGGCACUGUUGCGCUUCCUACACGAACUGCAACGCCUGCAACUGCAGCUGUCUCCAGCUGCUGCCGAGACGCUGCUCAGCAUAGUUAACAGCAGCAGCGAUGCCGUCAUCCGCCAAUCGAUCGGAAGCACGCUGCAAAAGAUGCGCAAUACGGAGCUCACGCUGCCACCAGCAAUGGACAAUAGUUUGGCAAGUGGUGGCUUCAUCAAGCAUCCGCGUGACAUGUCGCUGGAUGAGCUUGAGUGCCAUCUCAUCGAACUGGAGGCCAAGCAGCUGAACACACGCGGCGUCCUCCGGCGUCUGCUUCAACUUAGCGUGCGCGACAAUCGCCUUGAGCGCGCACUCGAAUUGCUAGCGAAAUGUGAGUCGCUACACGUCCAGACUAGUCCGGGUAUGCUGGCCUCCAUCUUUGAGCUGCACAUCAAGCGGAAAGAUCUGCGCCGGGCAAAUCAAACUCUGCAGCGCAUACAGCAAACCUAUCCGGGUUUCCAGUUGGAUGAGCAUAAGCUGAUUGACUACGCUUCUCUGCUGGUGCAUGAGAAUCAGCUGGAUGCGGCCAAGGAGCUAUUGCAGCAGCGCGCCCUGCAGCAGCGAGUCAACGGCGGCGACUAUGUGAUCAAGAACGUGUGGCAGCUGCUCAACAAUGUGGCCCAACUGGCUGUAAGGGCAAAUCUGAAUACCGAGACAAGUCUCAGCUUGGAAACUUUCGAAUUCUUGAGGAAACUUGGCUACUGUCAGGCGCACAAUGCGCUCCUGGGUCCGGUGGUGCGCGAGUGGCUGCUCCGCGGCAAUUUGGAUGAAGCCGUGUCCGAGUUUCAGCGAUUGGCUACGCGAUUCAAGCAUACACCUCUGCAGUUUGAGAUGCUGUCGCUGCUUGUGAAGUUGAGCAAUGGUGAUGAGACGGAACUGGCCCGCUUUCCGGGCACAACAAUCAAGUCGGCGCAACAGCAUCUGGGCUCGGUUACGGCGACUGUGAGUCGAGUCCAUGGUGAUGCCAACAUGAACAGCGCCCUGCUGCUGGCGCUAGCCGAAUCCGGCACUGAAACCCAGCUGCGUCGGCUCAUUAUCAAUCCAGAGUUUCGACUCAACCACGAACUGCUGCUCAAAAACUGCGAACAUCUCGGCCAGGAGGGCGCCAUACGUACACUGAUCCGCUUGGCGCGGGGCGUUCGCGGUUUGCAGCGCACCAUCGAUGAGCAACGGAUCUAUGAUAUGCUGCUGGCUCAGUUCGCCAAGAACAACAACUACGAGGGUGCCAUCGAUCUCUACGAGCGCCUGCAAGCCGACGACGAGCUCAAGGUCUCACUGGACUUCGUGCGCAAUCUGGUGAAGCUGCUGCAGCUAAACAACAUCGAGAUUCCCAGCAGUAUAGCUAUGCGUGCUCAGAUUAGAUAAGAUCCCACAUGUUAUUGUUUUUUUUUUUUUUUUUUUUAAUUAUAGAAUGCAAUAUACACAUUAAAUAUUUACUAAAAAAUGAAAUUGGCCAGCUGUCAAGAGCAAUCAAUCGGAUAUUGAGCUCUUGUACGAACAUCCUUUUGGUUUUCAAAGAUAUAUAAUUUUAAAAAUAAAAUAAUGUUAUUGCAAGGAUGAUAUUUGCGAAGACGAUAAAACCUGUUUAGCUCUUCUUGCUUAGCUGGGUGAUGCAGUUUUCCAGAUCAUGUGAAGACGAACAUCCGAUCCCCGGAAUUUGACAACCUAAUAUUGUAAUAAUGUAAUAUUGUAAUAUGUAAUAAUGUAAUAUUACAUAGCAUUUUGGAAAGUAUUCAAAGUGAAAUUCGUUAGCAAAAUCGACAGAGCUUUGCAAUUGUUUUACAUUUCAAAUUUGUUUUUAUAUUAAACUAAUCGUGCUUACUUCAGUGAAUUUCGAACACAACAUGGAAUCCCAGGGUAAGGACCCCAGCAUGCAUAUAUAUCUGUAAAGAAAACUCUUGCGCUUGCUGAUUGUAUGAUACGCAAAUUAAAAAAACGUUUUGGGCUAU